AAACCAAACAAAAGAGGGUCUUACUGGCAUCCUCUUUGGGCAUGGUUCCUUCUUUGCAAACAGUACCCUUCUUUUCCUCUCCCAUAUAAAAAUAUUCUCCUCCCCGUCCUCCAAUUUGCAAACCCCCCACUUUUAGUUCAGAGAGAAUUCUGCACAUUCCAUCACCACGGUGAGAGGAAAGUCCGUGAUCAAGUCCAGAACACACAGCCUCAAGGGGUCUCCAUCCACGGAAAAACUUCCCUCCCCUUCUCCUCCCCGGAUGACAGCGUUGCCCUCGUCGUCGGGGACGACAUUCACCCCGAGGUCGCUGUAUCCGAUGUCUCCACAGCUGAUUUUUGGGGAGGAGAUAAUCCACUACAGCCACCAGCAGCACGCCCUGUCCAUGAUCAACCUGCCGGACCUCUUCAGGUGCGCCGGGUGCCUAGAGGAUGGCGCGGGCAAGCGGUACACGUGCCAGCAAUGCGACUUCCACCUGCACGAGUUCUGUGCCCUGCCCUAUCCUAAUCAGGUCCUCAAGAACCAUCCAUUCCACUACCAGCACAACUUCUAUUUCCACUCCAAGCCAGCAGCGAAAGGUGGAAUAGCAAAAUCGAGGUGCGAUAUUUGUGGGGAACCCAUGAAGGGCUACGCUUUCCGUUGCGGAGCUUGUAGUUUCUCGAUGCACCCGUGCUGCGAGAUGCUACCGGUGGACAUCGUCAUCUCGAACCAUCCUCACAAGCUGCAGCUUCUGCCACCAGCGGCCUCAUCGAGUGCGGACCUUGGUUUCGUCUGCGGGGAAUGCAAGAAGAGGAGGUCAGGCCGAGUAUACGGGUGCACGGUCUGCGGUUACUACCUCCAUGCAGUUUGCGCUAAGAGCAUCGUCAACGGACUCUACGAUAGUGGCAUCAAAGGAACUGAGAAGCAUACAAGCAAGCUCGGGGCUGCAGCUCGGCUGGCCUCGCGAGUGGUUUCCAACUUUAUUGGAGGGCUAAUGGAGAGCAUCGGUGAAGGGCUUGGGCAAGCAUUGGUUCAGAAUGUCACCAAAGGGAAGGCGCGACAGCCGAAGAAGAAGAAGAAGAAAGAGAGAGAGGGAUAAGAACUGCAAACAUGCGUCGUGGCUUGGCUUUGUCCCAAGUUGCAGGAUUAGUUUCUCAAGAAUGGAUUACCAUUGUUUAAGAAUGGACCAGCUUGAGGAGGCAGGAGUUUCUAGGACGACAAAAGCUACUCUGGAUAGUAAAACGAUUAAUGAUAUGGAUUUUGUUAACAGAAGGAUUGCGACUUAAGCUACUCUGGAUAGUAAAACGAUUAAUGAUAUAGAUUUUGUUAACAGAAGGAUUGCGACUUAAGUAUACUAAACAAGUUUCCCAAAAGCAGCCGUUUACAGGAGCCUUAACACAUUUACGUGUAUGUCCAGCCAACAGAUGAUGAAUGACUGUUCUUUUAA